CUGGCUCUGGAGGAAUCAUUUUAACAGGCAGAUGAGUUUUUCUGACUGUGUAAGCUGGAGGCAAGGUGAGCUGCAAACAUGUCUAACAGGACAGAAGACAACUCUGGAGGAAGUGUUACUACAAACAGCGCAGUAACUGAGAAUAGGGCAGAGAACCAAACAGAGACUGACGCCUCCACUGAAAGCAUCUUGGAGGAGUACAAGAUGGGCAACAAACGACGAGGCCGUGCACUCAUCUUUAACCAGGAGCGCUUCUUCUGGCGGCUGGACCUAAAUGAGAGGCGUGGAACCAAUGCUGAUCGUGACAACUUGGAGAAAAGACUGAAGAACCUAAACUUUGAAGUGAGCUCUUAUGAUAACUGCAAGCAGGAGGAAGUCCUGGAUAAAAUUGCAGAAGCUGCAGAGGAAGACCACUCAGAUGCUGACUGCUUUUUGCUCGCCUUCCUGAGUCACGGGGAGGAUGACCAUGUUUACUGCCAUGAUGGCAAAAUCAGUAUCCGGGAAAUCACAUCCAUGUUCAAAGGAAACAAGUGUGAGAGCCUUGUUGGAAAGCCAAAGAUCUUUAUAAUACAGGCAUGUCGCGGAAACCAGUAUGAUGAAGCAGUUGCAGUGACCCCCGCUUCAUUCCCAGAUACUGAAACAAAGGUGGAUGUAGAUGCCUGCGCCAUGCGCACCCUCCCUGCAGGGGCUGACUUUAUCAUGUGCUAUUCUGUGGCUGAAGGUUACUACUCCUUCCGGGAGACUAAAAACGGCUCCUGGUAUAUCCAGGAUCUGUGUGAGAUGAUCCAAAAGUAUGGUGAAACCCUUGAAUUCACAGAGUUGCUCACGCUGGUCAACAGUAGAGUGUCGAAGAGGAACAUUCCAGUGCCCUGUCCACCAAAACUGAUCGGGAAGAAGCAAAUGCCUUGUUUUGCUUCAAUGCUCACCAAGAAACUUUACUUCCGACCAAAAAAGGACCAAUGUCACACCUCAGUCUUGAAAUGAGCUGGUUUAUAUUUUGCCACACAUCUAAUAGAAUAACAGGAAUAACCUUUAUUCACAUGAAGUGUACGUGUAUGCUGUUUUUACUUAAUGGUUAAAACUGUGACAUAAAACAACAAGAUCUUAUCAGCUGAGUUUAUAGGAAAAAUUGACCUCAAAAUCACUUAUAUGUAAUUCAGGCCUGUAGUGCUAUUUAUCCAUCUUGAUUGCUUUGCUGUUAGGUAACGACUGUAGAAAUGUUUGUCCUAUUUGAAUUUAAUAGAAGUAAAUGAGAUGUAAAACUCAGCACAGUUUUUCCACAAAUUAUGACCCGCGUACUGAAAAGAUUCCAUGUAGGAACUGGUUUCUCUUUCACCGUUUGCAGAAGUAAGUGUGCAUUAACCUGUGGCAGCAUGACGAGAUGGAAAAGUUAAAGACGUCCCAGUUGGCUGAGCUGUAGUGACAGGUGGACACAUGUUUCUUUGGCUGCUGGAUGUAGUUCCAUAGAAAGAAAAUGUUUCCUAAAUGUAAUUUGUUAUUUUGGUCCUUUAAGUGUCACAACUGACAUUUAGUUCCAUUAAAGAGGAAGCAGACAUUUCUACAGCUGAUCUUUUAGAAACUGGGAACUAUCACUAAAAUAAUGAUGUACAUUUGAUUUUGGAGUGGACUGUCCCUUUAACUUUCUGGGUAAAGCUGAGAUGUUUAUUUUGUUAAAAGGCAACAAAUUUGUCAAAAGAGGCAACAUUAAAGCUACUGUCAUUUAUGGUG